AUGGGCUGGAUCGCCUGCAACAAUGUUAUUUCUGAUUUGUAUGCGAUGGGCGUCUCUCGAAUCGAUAAUGUAUUGAUGCUCCUGUCAACUUCCACCAAAUUCACUACGAAACAGGAGGACGCAGUUCUGCCACAGAUUAUGUCGGGCUUCAGGGACUGCUGUUUCGCCGCUGGAACUCAAGUUAGAGGAGGGCAAACGACCAGAAAUCCCUGGGUGCUUCUUGGAGGUUGUGCUACUUCAGUUCUCUCAAAAGAUAAUUUCGUCCUGCCAAACGGUGCUAAACCCGGCGAUCUUCUGAUCCUCACCAAGCCCCUUGGAACCCAAAUCGCUGUCAACUUGAACCAGUGGCUCGACGAUGAAGACACUGACAAAUUGAAGCCGACAGGAAUGAAUGAUGAAGAUGUACGAAAGGGAUACGAUGCGGCGACCGUUUCAAUGAUGACCCUCAAUCGAAAAGCAUCGAGUCUUAUGCGAAAAUAUAAGGCGCAUGCGGCGACAGAUGUUACUGGAUUUGGAAUUCUGGGUCAUGCUCAGAAUUUAGUCGAAUGUCAAGAAGAAGAGCUUGAUUUUAUCAUUGAAAAACUGCCGAUUCUAAAUAAAAUCGCCAAAGCUGAUGAUGGCAUGGGAAGAAUGUUCCAACUUGUCAAGGGUUAUUCUGCCGAGACAUCUGGCGGACUUCUCCUCGCCAUCGACCCGAAUGAGGCGGAUAAAUACGUCGCUGAGUUGAAAGCGGCCAACGGUCACGAUAUCUGGAUAAUCGGAAAGGUCACUUCUGGAAGCCGAAAAGCCACGAUCAUCCCCGAAGUCAAAAUUAUCGACGUCGCACUUGAUGAAAAUGAAAAAAUCAUCUCUCUCUAG